AUGGCCACGCCAGAGGCUGAUACCGCGUCAACCAUGGCGCCUGCAAUCACUACCACUCACGCAGAGGGUUCAAGCGUGGCAAAAUCGCACGAUACAAUGGAAGACCUUGUCGUGAAAGACCAAGACGAAGAAUUGCCGUCGGAUGCUGACGAAGAAACACGCCUAAAAUUCCUUACUACUGGUACUAGAGCGCAGGACGAUUUGGAACGAGAUAUUGGGCGCCAGGCAGACCAGUUGCUUACCGAGCAAGCCGAUGCGCGCGACAAGAAACGUAUAGAAAAGGCAGAGACGGAGGCAAAACGCGCAGAAGGGGCUAUACAGAAACUACGCAACCGUCUGGCGUUACCUGCUAUUGAAUCGCAGAAAGCGAAAAUGCGCGGAGAGAUUGCUAUGCACCAGAGCAAGAUAGAUGACUUAGACAAAGAGAUGGACGCCAUACAGCAGCGUAUCAACGACCGACACAAUGCACCGGAUGGUGAGGAAGCUGACCAGGAUGGCGUCAAUGGACCCUUACCAAACGAGAGCCGGCGAGAUUUCCUGAUACGAACGGGCAAGAUCACACCCUUCUCUAAGCUGGCUCAGGACCAGUCUUCUUUGGGAACAUUGGGAGAAGUGAUGCAAGAUGCUGAAGUUGAGGAUAUGCCUGGGUUUCAAGAUGCUGAGUCUGGUUCGGAAGUUUCUAGUCACGAGUCCACAACUCGAUCAAGGAAACGACGAAAGAUCACUCCGGCCAGUGAUGCGAUGAUGUCACGCGAAUCAAGUGCUGCUCCAGAGAAUAAUGAUGGCGAGCCUGAUGAUGCUUUUGAACCUGGCAUGACAGAUCGUCAGCUUGCCACCUCUGAUGACUCCGAGGCUUUCUCAGAAGAUGCUAUGGAGGACGAUGAUUACGAAGAGGAAGCCACAAGCAAUAAGCGUAGAGCUGGUAGCAAGAAGAAAAAGACGGCCAAAACUGUUCACACAGAAGAAGUCGUAGAAGAGGACUUGGCUGGUGUGGAUGAUGGUAACGAGAGGGUAUAUCGGAAGCGUAUAGAUACGUGGACGAAGGAUCGCGCAGCCGCGAGGAGGCGGACAAAGGAGAAGAACGGCGAAUCCGUUACCGAGGAGGAAGGAGAAGAAGAGUCUUAUCUGCCGCACCCUACUGAAGCCGAUACUGAAUUCGACGGUGGCUUCCGUAUCCCAGGUGACAUCUAUCCAGCGCUGUUUGACUAUCAAAAGACGGGUGUGCAGUGGCUUUGGGAGUUGUACUCUCAGAACGUCGGUGGUAUUAUUGGCGAUGAGAUGGGCCUAGGUAAGACGAUCCAGGCCAUUUCCUUCGUUGCUGGCCUGCACUACUCAAAACUUCUCACCAAGCCCGUUAUUGUGGUGUGCCCAGCAACUGUUAUGAAGCAGUGGGUCAACGAGUUUCAUCGCUGGUGGCCGGCUCUCCGCGUUUCGAUUCUACAUACGUCUGGCAGCGGUAUGCUGGACACUCGACGAGAGGACCGUUUGGAACGAGAAAUGGAACUCAAAAGCUAUGGUGACUAUGACAAAACCUUGACUGGUGCUGGUAAGUCGGCUAAGAAGAUUCUUGAGAAAGUCAAGCGAGACGGUCAUGUUCUUGUUACUACCUACUCUGGUCUUCAGACGUACUCCGAGUUUCUGAUCCCAACUGAAUGGGAGUGUGCUAUCUUGGACGAAGGUCACAAGAUUCGAAACCCAAACACGUCUAUCACAAUUCAUUCCAAAGAGCUUCGAACACCGAAUCGCAUCAUUCUGUCCGGAACGCCAAUGCAGAACAACCUCACUGAGCUCUGGUCGCUAUUCGACUUCGUUUUUCCCAUGCGGCUCGGUACUCUUGUCAACUUCCGGAACCAAUUUGAGUUCCCCAUCAAGCGUGGUGGAUAUGCGAACGCUUCCAACCUCGAGUUCGAAACAGCAGUACGAUGCGCAGAAACUCUCAAGGACGCAGUCAGUCCUUACUUGCUUCAACGCUUCAAAGUCGACGUAGCAACCGAUCUUCCGCAGAAGAAAGAGCAGGUACUGUUCUGCAAGUUGACACGGCAGCAGCGCCAAGCAUAUGAGGGUUUCUUGCAGUCUGAAGACAUGAAGUCGAUUGCAAAUGGCAAGCGACAGAUGCUGUUUGGUGUGGAUUAUCUGCGCAAAAUUUGCAACCAUCCUGAUUUGACCGAACACAAGACGCUUUCCAAAGACCCAAGCUAUGAUUACGGCGCGCCCAACAAAUCAGGCAAAAUGCAAGUCGUAAAAGAGUUGUUAUCACUGUGGACGAAAGGUGGACAUAAAACAUUGCUCUUCGCUCAGCAUCGCAUCAUGCUUGAUAUCCUCCAGAGAUUUCUCAAUAGUCUGCCUGAUAUCAAUUAUCGUCGCAUGGAUGGUGAGACGCCCAUCAAGAAUCGACAAGAUCUUGUAGAUGAGUUCAACAAGGAUCCUGAUCUUCACGUCUUCCUUCUCACUACGAAAGUUGGAGGUCUCGGGGUCAAUCUCACGGGCGCUAACCGUGUCAUCAUCUACGAUCCUGACUGGAACCCGUCGACCGACAUCCAAGCGCGAGAGCGCUCAUGGCGGCUCGGGCAAAAACGAGAGGUAGAGAUUUACCGCCUCAUGUCAGCUGGUACUAUCGAAGAGAAGAUCUAUCAUCGUCAGAUUUUCAAGCAGUUUUUGACAAACAAAGUCUUGAAGGAUCCAAAGCAACGACAAACAUUCCAAAUGAGCGAUCUGCACGAUCUAUUCACACUAGGCGGCGAGCAAGCAGACGGCGAGACAGAAACUGGUAACAUGUUCCGUGGGUCCGAAGUCAAAUUUGAUCAAAAUGGCGAGACGGAAACCCCAACCUCAGACGCCACAGCAUCUAAAGACCUUGCUGCAAUGGUAGGCAUCGACCGUGCCGUAGCAUUCCAAGCACCUCCCUCGGAAACAGAAGACCACACCCAGCAAGACGGCACAGCUACGGAUGGGGACGCCCCUGCAGACUCCUCCCGCCUCAUGUCCACCAUCUUUGCAAGAACAGGCGUUCACUCCGUCCUCGAACACGACGCAAUCGUAAACUCCACAGCAAACGGCCGCAAGCGCAAAAUCCAAGCUGACCCAGCUUUCGUUCAACGCGAAGCGAAGCGACAAGCCGCCAUGGCAGCCGAGCAGCUACGAAAGAGCAUGGAAGAAGCGCGCCUAGUCCCCGCCGGCGUCCCAACAUGGACAGGCACGUUCGGCGAAGCCGGACGGCCCGACACUCGACCCACACCAGCAUCCUCCCGCGGCGGGCGAGGAGGCCGCGGAGGCGGCGGUCUGGGACGUGGUGCCCCAUCAUCAACGUCGAUUCUCAGUAACCUUGCAGCGCGUCAAGGCCGUACACUUGCUCCAUCUGCAACGCCGACUUCGACAUCUGCCUCCUCGUCCCGCGCUUCCACGCCCGUAUCAGCGUCGUCGUCGACUUUCCGUGGCCGCCGCAUGCUGGAAAUGAUCCGCGACUUUAUGAUGACGCAUGGCGGGGCUGUGCCCACGCGUAUGCUGGUCGAUCACUUUGAUCAUUAUUGUCGUGCGGCGCCGGGGAGAAGCGAGGAGUUCAAGGAGAUGCUCAAGGCGAUUGCGACGCUGGAGAAGAAUGGGUCGGCGCAGAGGGGAAGGUGGGUGUUGAAGGAUGAGUGGAGGACACCCAGGGCUGGUGGUGGGAGGGGAUGAGCGGAGUUUUUUUUUGUUAUCCUAUGCGUUGUGGUAAU